UGUUCUCGACUGUGUUUGUUAUUGUUUUCCUCAAAUGAAUACGUGGGUGGGUGAAGUAAAUAAUUUUUUGUUUGUUUGUCUCCUUGUUUGUUGUUGUUUAUUCCUUUCAUUUUAUUGACAUCAUUUUUUGGCAAUUUUAACAGCUUUUUAAAGUUUUUUGAUAGUCUGCUAGCAUUUGUUAUUCAGACACAAGGAUUUGUUCUGAAUUUCUGGCAAUCUGAUAAAUUUUGUCUCUCUUGGUUUAGUGGGAUUUUGUUAGUUUUGCUGAGGUAAAGGGGGUGGGGGUUCGACUCCCAUUCAGUCCCGGCUUGUUUUUCUUUUUUAUUUUUUUUUAUUUUUAGGUUCCUCUUUAAGUUUUUUUAAUUUCAAAAUAUAAAAAAUUUUGUAAAGUUUUGUCUCUCUUGGUUUAGUGGGAUUUUGUUAGUUUUGCUGAGGUAAUGGGCGUGGGGUUCGACUCCCUUUCAGUCCCGGCUUGUUUUUCUUUUUUCAUUUUUAGGUUGCUCUUUAAGUUUUUUUAAUUUCAAAAUGUAAAAAAAUUUUAUUUCCUUUUUUUCUUUUUAUUUUGCCUAGCUUUUUAAUAUACAUUUGUAUUGAUUCUCCCACUAGCGCGGCGCACACAGCAGCUGACUGAAAAACAUACAAACAAAAUACAUUUACCCACUCUUUUAAGGUCACACAUCUGCCUUUUUUUAUUAUUUUUUAACGGCAUAAAUGCCAUUUUUUCUUGGAUUUUUGCGCAUUAUUUUUUUAAAAAAUCUUUCCCUACCCCUCCCACUACUGGCCUUGAACCUCCCAUUUCUUAUCCUACUCCUCAUUUUUAUUUUAUUUUUCUGGACAGAUUUUUCUGAGGCACUUUUUUUUAGAAAUCCUUAGCAACCACAUUUUCCUAUGCUUUUUUUCCACGUUUAAAAAAAUUUCUAUUUCCUAUUUUAUAAUUUUAAAAUGUUUGUUUGUAUUUCCAUAAAUUUUCAAUAUUUUUAUUUUUUAUCUCAAUUGAAUCGGGUGCACUUUUCUCUUCUCUUUAAUCACCCCAAUUCUCUUUCCUUUUAUUUUUAAUUUGACGAUCUUCUGGAUUUUUAAAGUUUUUCUUUUUUUUUUUGUUUUUUCUUUCUUUUUGUCCCGACAUGUCGUAAAUUAAUCUUAUUUUUAUUUUCUACUUUUUUAGAAACAAAAAAGACAUAUGGCAGAAUUUUUAUUUUUAAGUAAA